AUGACUGAUAAAGAAGAGGGCGGUGGCAUACAUAAACCACGUGUCUUAAGUAAGCCAGAAAGAGGAAACGUGAUCGACAUGGACUUUGUCUCAGAGCUCCACAAGCAGCGGCAUGGCGGCGUGACGAUGGCCAACGGCUUCAUCUUACCGGAGGGCAGGACGACGCCCAACACCCUGUUCGUGGGAGGCAUCGACAUGAAGGUUGAAGAAAAUGAGAUUCGGGAUUUCUUUGCUCGCUACGGUGCAGUGAAGGAGGUUAAAAUCAUCACCUACCGUGGAGGAAUCUGUAAAGGUUACGGUUUUGUUUACUUCAGCGAGGAUGUCGACAUCCAGACUAUUGUUGAACAACAGAUCACUUUUAAAGGAAAGAAACUCAAACUGGGCCCUGCCAUCAUGAAGGAGCGGAGUUCUCGCGAGUCAGGGUUUCAAGGUUCUGUCCAGUCCCCUCUGAUCCACCCAUCGCAGUGGGUAAGCCCUUGUGUGUACUGCACCUGCUGCUCUCCCAGCUUGGUCACGCCCACUGUGCUCAGUGGAGAUGCACAGUACCUACAGCCGUAUUCUUACCCGAGUUUUCCAGGAGUAAUGAUUCCUCAGAUGCCUGUGAAUUACACACAGGCCGCCUACGCCUACCCGUAUUCUCUGCCACAGUGGUGUGGUGACCAGAGGACAAGGUUUAUGAAUCAGGACGGCUCUAAGGUGUUCCAGGUGGUGCAGUCAGUCAUUGCUGUAGAUGAUGUCAUUGAGGUUCGCUGCUGCAUCGGCGGCGUGAGGGUGGAGAAUCCUGCCCAUAAACCGCUGGAAUGUCGUGGGAGCUCCAAAUAA